AUGUCUUCUUCAGAUGGCCGAAAGAAAACACCACUCAAUGCCAUCGUACAGGGCAGUACCAUGGAGGCAAUGCCUACGUUCCCUAACAUCGCCGAGAAGCGCGCCUUCAUGCUGGAUCACAUGGCACAUGCCUUCCAUGUAUUUGCGCGCAGAGGCUACAGUGAGGGAAUGGCCGGGCACAUUUCCCUUCGUGAUCCAGAGUUCCCCGAUAGAUUCUGGCUCAAUCCCGACAUGGCGUUAGUGAACGAAAAGGGAGAAGUCGUUGGAGGAAACACAUCGCGUCCAGUGAAUGCGGCAGGGUUCCUCAUCCACUCCGCAAUUCACAAGACCCGUCCUGAUGUUGUUGCCGCGUGCCACUGUCACUCUAGAUUCGGAAAAGCCUGGUCAGCAUUUGGGCGCCCCUUUGAGAUGUUGAAUGGAGACGCCGCCAUGUUUUAUGGAGACGCACAAGCCGUGCUCGCCAGUUAUGGUGGCCUGGUCUUUGAAGAAAGCUUGAGUGACCCUGUGGCAUCGGCCUUGAGUCUCAAUGGGAGAGGGUUGAUCAUGCAAAACCACGGCUUACUCACCGUCGGCCAGAGUGUUGAUGAAGCCGCUUAUCUCUUCACUCUGAUGGAGCGCUGUUGUGAGAUACAGCUGCUAGUGGAAGCGGCUGCAAAGAAUGGCCUCGAGAAGAAAUGCAUCGAUGAUGCUACAGCCAAGCACACCUUCGAAACGAGUAGUGACUCGGAUUCGCUCUACUGCGAGUUUCAGCCGGAAAUCCAGAACGAGAUACUAUUGCGAGGCCUCACAUUUAGACCAGAAAGUCGCGGAAAGUAG